AUGUUCCGCAUCGAGCUCCUCUUCAUGCAUCACCACCUCCCCUUCCUUCUCCGCUUUGCCAUCCCCCACCACAUCCCCCACCACCACACCCUCCCCCACCCCAUCCUGCUGCAGUGCCCUGAUCCUCCGCAUCUCCUUCGCCACCGCCGCCGCCUCGGGGUGUGCCGGCCCCACCGCCGCCACCAGCACACCCUGCGCCGACUUAAGUGCAGCCAGUGCCUCGUCCAGAGAGCAACGGCACCCACAACCACAACCACUAUCACAACAGCGGCAACGGCAACGGCGUUUCACACCGCAAUGUCACGAACGACAAGCGACACCUCAUUACACCGGAGAUAUAAUGACGACCCUGGUGUCGAGCAUGCCGCGUGGCUAGAAAAUCGCUUUCUGGUGCUCUGGUGUACUGCUGGCUGGGAGCAACGUGGGACAGCAGGUGCAGUUUCCUUCACCGCAUGCUGGCUUCAACUUCAAGAAGAAGAAGACAAGGAGAUUUCUGGCGCGAGUUUGGGCACUGUGGACGGAUCGCAGCGGCAAGUGAGUCAAGUAUCCUUGUGCGCACCUUCGCCGGCGCUGUACUCGCUUUCGGCGUGCUUGUCGACUCAAGCCGAGGCUGAUCGAAUGCAUGACCUGUGCAGCGUGCACUUGGGCCACGUUUGUGCACAGACUGUGCGUCUGACCAUCCGGAAUUCGCUGUCUGCCCUCACCGCAACGCGCAUCACCAAUCUCAAGAUUCUUGCGCGCCAUGCUGAGAUUGGUCACGUCACGCUGCAUGACGUGCACCACGUUAUUUGGUACACAAAGCAGCAGCGCACCAUUCGCGGGCAUCUCGACAAUGUGCACUUGGUGGAGCUCGGCAACAACACCUCUGUUAUGGACGUGGGUGCGCUGGCGAGAGUAUCAGCGAUCACUCUCUCUUGUUGCAACAGCAAUCGCGUUGACCUGGCACCACUGCAAACCGUGCAGGCGCUCGCCAUCAACGGGGGCCACGUGAUAAACAGUGAGGCGCCCAUUGAAACAGCGCGUAUCGUCGAUCUCCAGAACAUACAGCUGAGAACCACCACUCUGAGCGCCACGCACGUCAAGCUGUCGAGCAUGGUGGCCGUCCCUGACGUGCUGCACCUCCCCAACGCCACGCACAUCGUCCUCGACAUGGAAUCAAAGGUGUCGCGGUUCACUUCUCCGUCUCACGUCAAGCGACUUGUAAUUGGUGAUGCAACGCCCAACGCCCUGCCCCGGCUGCUGGACUUUGAGCACGCAGACGUGGUGGUGCUCCGCCUUCCACAGACAACGCUGCCACGCUCGUUCCUUGCAGACGUUGGCCGUCGCGCUGACAGGCUGAUUCUCUGCUACUGCGUGCGAGGCGUCACCGACCUUUGUGUUGUUCCUGACAGCGUCCACGUGUGCGUGGAGCGAGCCAGCGUGGACGGGCCCGUGCCUGGGUGUGUGCGAAAGCUGCACGCCCGGGUGGAAGGGGAGCUGCGCUGCGCGUGGCUUGGGUCUGCUCUGCAGUGGCUGACCUUGCAUGGCACCGGCGUUCGACCCCUACACGACGUUCACCUGCUUUCGGGUCGGAAAUACCUUCGCAUCAUGUACUGUCCGCUGUUCGGCCAGCUGUCAAACUGCCAGAACUUGCACCUGUACGCGUGCUGUGGAGCUUUGGCUCUCACUUCUAUCAAUACCCUCCAGAUUGAGCGCGUAGCCUUGACAACCGGGCCUCCAUCCUCAUGCUGCGCAGACGACGGUGAUACUCGCGGCAGCGACAACAACCUGUCCAUCACCAAUUGUCACGAUGUCUUCAAGUGCAAGCUGCGUGAGUGCGAGAUUACGGAUUUUGCAUUCUUCCAAGGCGUGCAUACCCUCGUGUUGAAGAAUUGCACCUUCGACACAUUGGACAGUCUGCCAAACAUCGGCUGCCUCGUCCUCCGCAACUGUGCUAGCUCCAACAGGCAGUGGCUCUGGCCAGAUGUCGCACUUUCAAAGCGAUCACAUCAUACAAUGAUACGUGUCUUGUUGGCUGGAAAACGAAAGAGCAAUCGAUGA